GCUCCAAUUGUACUCUAGAAUGUCCUUUGCAGAUAUUGAAUAGCCUUUUCUAUUGAACAAGCUUUCCCUUCCCGUUGUCCCCUAUCUCCUAUUGUCUCAGCACUCGCGUAGUAAAUCAUGUACCGAAGGGGAUCGAAUAUGGAUUUCCUGCUCUCUUCCGAGCCAAACUUCUACCAAACUUCUACAGAAUUCAACGCAUCACCACUGGAGCGUUUCAAAACACAACUCAUCUGCUUCCCAGCUGAGACAUCUGCAGCCAUGGCGACUCUUCAUCAAAACGGUUCAAUGCCCAAUUCAUACUCCUUCCCUCCAGGCACUCCCGCCAUCCACGCCAAUGCCUUCAAUAAAUACCAUAAGAUAAGCAAGGCACUCUUCGUCCCUGGCUAUUACCACCAAUUCAUCCUGCCCACCAUCCCAGAGAAGGCACAAUUGCCAAUGGACCCCGUCAACUGGGAGUUUGGUAUCCGCCCCAACCGCCCCUUCGAAGUCCUUCCCAAUGAGCAGAGACAGCGCGCAGCUAAGAAGUGGCCAAAACGCCCGGAAUCCCGUCGCGAGGGUCCCACGGCAUACUACCUCGAGCAGCUCCAUUUCUGGGAGGAUGGGCCCCUUCCCGCGGAGGAUGAAGAGGUCGGUGAAUUACACCCGUCGGGGCCUCUCAAGAGGUGGUUCGAAUUCACCCUGGAUGUCUGCCUCUUCAUCCUCGCGGUUGUCAGAUUUCUGGUGUUUCUGGUGUCCGAAAUCGCCACGGUGUUGUUGGCCACGGGAAGGAAAAUAUGGAAGGAUGUGUUUGGGAACCUUACCUGGGAGCUCGUUGUUGCGAUCUUUUUGGCCACCCAGAUCGUCAGGUUUUUGCCUGGGAUGGCGGGGAGUUUGGAUGUGGAUGAUGGAGGGAGAUGGAACGAGGCGCCACCACCACUCUAUGUGUUGAUGAUCCCAUUCCAAGCCUCAACAAGUUGA